AUCUCUUAUGAUGUUUCCAAACUGGUAGAUUUCCCAGGCUUCAAUGUAACUGCAUCACACAACGUGAAAGAUGAGUUCAUGCAGUAUGGUUCUAUUCCAAUGCAGACCAGCCACUUGAAGCAAAACUAUGCAGCUUACCUGUCUAGCAACUUCCCUACGCCUGGUGCCACCGGCAACAAGAGACGGCAUGAAUCUGAAUCAUCUCCACAGCAAAGGAAGAAGACGAGGCCCAGUCCGGAUCGGAGCUCUGAAAGAAGCUCGGACAUGGAUAUUGAAUCAGGUAACUGUUCUUCCCAGUCACUUUUUUUAGCAGGCACAUCAUAAUGUGUCUUAGAUGUCCUACACACAAGUUACUUGAAC